UAAAGGCAAGUGACCACGCCCUUAAUUGAAUUGAAGAAGAAAGCAACUUCAUUGGUGCACGCUAUAGCGUUAGUAUAUAAUAAGGUUAAGGGGGAGAUCACUGUACAUUGAUACUCAAAUCCAAGAACUAUUCCUGUGACUUCAGAAGAAACAUGAUCAGACAAGAAGUAUUCUUUCUACUAGCAGUCCUGGCAGUCUCCAUUCAUGGAUGGGGCAACAAUAAGGACAAGGUCCUACUUGAGAAGGUGACGUCCAUCACUCUUGAAGAGGGUAAAAUGACUAAUGCCAGACGUUCCUCGGCCAUUAAACAGUUGGAGUGUGUGGGCGGGUCAGCUGGUUGCUAUGGUUACAGGCCGAAAGUGGUCCAGUGUGUGAAUACAGGACAUGAUGGAUAUGAUGUUCAAUGGGAGUGUAAGACAGAGAUGGAUAGUAAGUACAGGUUUGGUAAGAUUGACGUCUCCUGCGAGGGAUACGACUAUCCUGAUGAUCCUUAUGUACUGAGAGGAUCCUGUGGGUUGAGAUAUGAGUUGGAUCUAACUGAAGAAGGUCACAGACACAAAAAGAACAGCUUUUAUUCAGGCGGUGAACACCAUCAUCACCACAACUACAACAGCUCCUCUUCAGACUCAGGCUGGUUUGGCUCUCUCAUUCAACUGGUUAUCAUUGGAGCUGUCAUCUAUUGCUGUCUGGGGGCCUGUUUUGGACGAAGGUCUGGCUCCUCCUCCUCUUCUUCUUCUUAUAGCAGUGGCUAUGGUCAUGGCAAUAGUGGACCAGGAUUCUGGUCAGGAGCAGCUACUGGCGGUGCAAUGGGAUAUAUGAUGGGAAGACGAGGUGGAUAUGGUUCCAGUAACUGGGGGAGUGGGUGGGGCUCUAGUGGUGGGUGGAGCUCUGGUGGAGGUGGUGGGUGGGGCUCCAGCAGAUCCAGUGGCAGUAGCUCAAGAUCAUCCUCUGGAUAUGGUGGAACAUCACGACGUUGAACCACACCCAUAAAUACUUUAAAAACUCGUUUAUCGUAGAUUCGUAUAUUGCGUUCAGUCCUUUAUUAUUUUGAUAUUUUAACCGACUCAAAAUAGUUUAUCUUUGCUUGUGUACAAUGAAAACUAACAAACAAAUAUUAGCAUUAAAAUUAACCAUUAA